UUUCCAUUCUGGAUACUGGCAUGAGGAUUUCUUGGAAGGAGUGCUACACAGCUCGACCUGUGGUGAUCGAGCUGUACAGGAGGAAGAAUGGAAGGGAAGCACUGACAGAUGGUUCUCUGAAGGAGCCGAAAUAAAUUUAAUUUCAACACAAAGAGAAGGGAACGGUGAAGCAAGCGGUGAUCACAAGCUCCAGCUUUGCCUUUCAGAUCAAUAACAAAAGUGAGCGGCAGCUUCAACCAAGUCUACACUGUGUUUGUAGGUUAAAGGCCAUCAGUAGUCCACAUGCUAUCCAGGCGGUGGAUGGAGGUGAUAGCAGCAACUCGGUGGCGACGCUGUUGACCCAUUAUCACUGUCGAGUUGCUCGCUGCCUUCAAUGCUGCUCGGAGUUGGGAGGGAAUGCCCCUUACCUUCCGUCACUUUCGCUGAUUGUGAAGUCACUCGGUGAUCUGAGCCGAGCCAAAACCGAGACUGACCUUCGCAACCCUGCAAACCUUGGAGCUUCCCAGGAACCAGGCGUGAGGCGCUCCCACAGCGACCCUGAUGCCUGGACACCCCUCAACACUGAAAUGAAGAGGACUUAAUUUCCUACAGAGUUGUCGAGGAGCGGCCACAUUUCAGGAAUGGCAGUUUGAUGGGUCUCGCUGAGAAGGCUUGGUUGGUUUUAGUAUUGAUUGGUGUUCUGUACGUCAUGACCUCAAAGAUGUUAAGGUUGUCGAAACAGAAACAACAGCUUCCAGAAGACAGUGAGCAAAGUUACCACAGGUUCUCUAGGGAUUCAACUAAUCAAAACACCUUCAGCAACAUAUUUCAUCCACUCGGAUGUAAUCCUUACGCCAAAAAUAUUAAAGCAUGCGCUGUGGAAGAUGAAACCAAUAAGACAAUUUGUCUGCUUAAUGGAUGUUGUUUUAAGGACAAAUCUCAUGAACAAUGUUACCACAUGACAAUAAAUAAAACAAAGCAAAUAUUGAAUAUUCUUGGACUUGGGUCGAUGAUACUUGCUUUCAUAGCAUUAUGUCCAUUGCUGUUUUGCCUGCUAACAGAAAGAACAAAGCUCAAUCCACUUCUUCGCAAAAACCAGGCAGUUGAAGAGGCUAAAAUGAAGGACAUGAGAGUGGGAGCUUAUGUUUUGACUGUGCUUCAAGAUCACAAAAAGAAGAGAAAACAGGAGAGAAACACAUCCACCAAGACCAUAGUUCCUUCAGGGGAUUUGGAUUAUGGAUCUUCAUCCGAAAAAUAAAAUUGAAGAAAUACCUUGCUAAUUUUGCAAAUGUACAUUUAACUUGAUAGUUUAUCAUUACUUUAUUGGAAGUACAGUGUAGGAUAAAAUA